AUGGAAUGGGAAGAAAAAGAUGUAAGAGGUGUUCUCAAAAAACUAGACCAGCUGAUGCCCAAUGUAACUUUCACGGAUAUAAAGACCACCACAAGUGCCAAGAACAGCAAAGCCACAAUAUUAAGCCCCAAGGAUUCUUAUUGCACUGGAGAUCCCUUGAUAGUUCGACUGGAUUUGUACAACCACUUGGGGAACAGAAAGGAGUACGGAGGAGACUUCUUACAAGCAAGGAUCUAUUCUUCAAGCCUUAAGGCCGGAGCGUCUGGACAUAUUGAGGACCUUAAGAAUGGGACUUACCUGGUCCAUUUCACUUUAUUUUGGGAGGGCAAAGUCAGAGCAUCUCUCCGGCUCAUCAAUCCCAGUGAAGGAGUUUCUGCAUUGUGGGCUGCGAGGAAGAGAGGCUACAACAAAAUAGGUUUCAGGGGCAGGUUUUUAAAAGGAACAUUGGAUGUCUUCAGCAACUGUGGUUUUAAUAUAGCAACAAAAGAAGAACUGUGUGAGUAUCUGGACAGGAGAGACAAGGAGUCCUUCUACUGUGUGAAACCAAAGAAUGUGUCUUGUGAAGCUCUUGUUUCGCUGAAGUCCUACAACAAGCCCAUCUCAUAUCUCACAGCCCUGGAAAAGAGACUUUUUGACAGGUAUGUUCUUUUCUGUUCAAUAUGCAAAUAUCUUACCUGAGGACAGUUCUGAACUGUGCAUUUGUGCUCCUGGGCAAUCGGAAGGCAUCAGACAAAUGCCUGAGAUGGAUGAGUAUUAACAAAAACCUUCCCAAAAAUUGCCUGAGAACAAAGUUUGCACAGAGGUGCUUUUUCACCUGUGCUUGCCAUAACUGGGUGAACAUUUCACUUAUUUCACUUGCACUGAGACCCAGGGAUUUCUUUCUUUCUUUCUUUCUUUCUUUCUUUCUUUCUUUCUUUCUUUCUUUCUUUCUCUUCAGUUCAGCAAUGUGUUUGUGUGUGAGGUGCUGGUAGUAUAUACAAACAGGGCAAGUUGAUUGUCUAUGGGCUCAUCAACACUUCCAUUUGAUCCAUAUGGAGCUGGGGGUUGAGAUGAUCCAAAAGGCGAACUAGAAGAAUGAAAGGGGAAAUUGAAAACAGAACAACGAAAUCUGAAUUUAACAGAAAUUGUGGGUGUUCCCUUAUUUUCUUACACCCCAGGCACUAAUUUUACUUUUCAACACCACUAGAGGCAAAGAUCCAUCACAAUAGUUUUUUACUGAAGUAACAUACCCUGAAUCUACCACACAGGAAAAGUUAUACGUCUGAAUAAGCAGGCAAAUAGUUACAGCAGCUGCUCCAUGAUGAGUUGGAUUCGGACUCCAUUUUAAUUGUUUUUUAUUACACCAAGGUAACAUUUUAACUUUAACUUUAACUUUCUCCAUGGCGUGAAGACGCUCUGGGGUCUGCCCUUGAGACAUUUCAAUAUAAUUUCCCGUUUGCAUCUAAUAAGAACAUGGCACUACAAUAAUUGUCUUGUUAGAUCACAAUCAUCAGGAUGCUGUCAGCGGCUCCCGGCUCUUUGCCUAGGAAAGUAUAAAGACAAGGGAAAAUUUCUUAGUCCCUUUUUAUUUCAAACUUUACAGAGAGAGGCUAUAGAACCCAGCCUCUUGGAUAAUGGCGUCGUCCAGAGUGAAUCUCCACCCCCUUCUCUCCCACUUCCUCAUUCGUCAUCAUCAUUACCACCUCUGACGGUGCUGCUAUGUGUCCUCUGUCUUUGAGCUCUUUGCUUUCCUACUUUUAAGGCUCGCCGUGUUCUGGGAGAUGGUGGGUCUGGAAUGCUUUCUAAUGACAAUGUGUCAGCCAGCUGCUGCUGCUCCGGUUCUGCCUUCUCUUCCUCUCCCAUUAUUUCCCCACUUUUCCCCUCAUCUGCCUCUGAGCUGUGACCUCCCUCAAACCCCUGUUGUAAGUCUGAACUGUCUUCUUCGUCUCUGGAAGGGCCAGACUGGGGAGGAGGUCUCCUCCAUUCCUCCUCUGCCCAGUCCCUAACACCUGUAUCGUGCUGGUUGACCAAGAGGAACUGAGACCUGCAGCUGAAGUUCAGAUGGUGGGUCUGGAAUGCUUUCUAGUGACAACGUGUCAACCAGCAGCUGUUCCAGCUCUGCCUGCUCCUCCUCUCCCAUUAUUUCCCCACUUUCCCCCUCAUUUGUCUCUGAGCUGUGACAUCUCGUAAACCACUGUUGUAAAUCUAUACUGUUUUCCUCUUCCUCCUCCCUGGAAGGGUUGGGAUGGGGAGGCAGUUUCCACCACUCCUCCUGCCCAGCCCCGGACAAUGAUCCACCUAUGCAAGGCUUCCAUUUCCCAUAGAGGCCAUUUAGGUGUGUGCAGGAGGAGGUGGGAUGAAGCCAUUAGUCCUCUUAGGAGGACACCUAGUCUGACUUGGAUUUCAUAAUGGAUGUUUUCUCUCUUUUGAAGGUCCAACAUUGGAGCUGAGAUCCCGCAGGCAUUUGGGGACAUUAGCAUUGCAGCUUGUGGAAGUGAGUUGGACUUCCUUUCAAUUAGUUUUUAUUAAAAGUUGUGUGUGUGUGUGUGUGUGUGUGUUGCAAAACAAACAAAUAAACAAGGAGAAGUACACAUAGCAUCUCCACUUUUGAUUCGUAGAGUCUUUUUCACAGUUUGUUUGCUUUCAGUAUGAGGAAACUGUUGCCAUAGACAUCAUGCAGUUGAGGAAAAGAAUAAUGUUAUUUCAUUUUAUUGCACAGUGUUUUUGCGUGGUUCUUGUGUCAACAUCAUAUGGGUAGGACUCUUAGUUAUAUAUUUAUCUAUUUUUAUGGUCAUUGCAAGAGAUUAGAGCUUGAUUGGUUGCGUUCAGUUGGUUGCAUUGUGGUUUGUUUGUGUGUUUGGGGUAGGGCUUGUUGGGUCAGAUUAGUAAUAUUGAUACUGUUGUGGGGAGUGGGUCAUUGUCUUGUUGCGCUGUAUAUGUUAUAAAGGGGAUCCGCACUGGGGUGAAGGCAUCCUCCUUUGCUUGUCCCCUUCCUAGUUUAAGUUGUCACAACUUUGGUGCCAUCCAUCCCUAAGAAUCUUAUUUCCUGGGUCUCAUCCAAGCUGCUGACCCAGGCCUACAUAUCUCUUCCCCACCCAAUUUUUUGUGUGCCUUGGUAAGGCUGUAGAUUAAUCUUGGUUUAUCUUUGAGUUUUGUUUUGUUUGUUUUUUAAAGAUAUUUGCUCCGUUUUUUUUUUUCAAGCUGAGACUUGUUGGCUUUGAAUUCUCUUUGGUUUUAUUCUUUAUUGCGGUUUUCAGGCCCUCUGAAAAUUCUUGUGAUAAAAGAAGUUGGCCAAAUAAUUAGGAUAAAGAAAUAAAUUGUUGUUCUGUGCCGUUCAGAGUCCCUGAAAAUGACUCUGGCUUCAGAACUGGCAUAUUGUUUGCCAGGAGCAGACUUAAGAGGCAACAAUAAAAUGCUGCCUCUGCCAGGUAUUUGCUUAUUUCCUUCCUCCUCCGCCUUGGAACCUUGACUUUCCCCACAGACUGUAGAAUGCUGGUUCCCCCACAACUGUGCUGCAGUCACAGAGUUCAGUGGAAACUGCUUAUCUCUUGUUUCCAUUUCUCAGGCAAGAAGACUACGGCAAGUGAGAAGUGCCAGGUUGGGAUGAACUCCCCAUCUCCCAGUGGCUUUGUCUGGCAGAACCAGUGGCAUCCUGUGUUCUGCAAUGUGUCCACAUUCAACACUUUGGAGCAGAUUAACACUUGCUUGGAACGAAAGCUAAUUUACCUCCUGGGAGACUCAACUGUGAGGCAAUGGAUCGAGUAUCUCACAAAGAGAGUCAAUAGUAAGUUCUCUCACCUACAUAAAACCACAGCGCAGCUUCAUUCCUAUUUCUGGGUACGCCAGAAUCCUUUUCUGUGCCCUGAACAUUCUUUAUUUUAUUUAAUUCACUUCUACUCCUCUCUUCAUCCAAGGAACAGGGGGCAGUUUACAAUAUGAAAACCUAAAAUUACAUAACAUAGUAACAACAACCCCGCAACAUCCAUCUUCCAGACAUUAUUGCAUUAAUUCUGUUUAGGAAACCAGUUCUGCCCCCUGAAAUGAGUGCCUCACCUAUCCUCGCGAAUGGGCAAGUCCUGCUUCUUCCUUGCCAUCAGAUGCAAGAGAGUAGACUAGUCAUUCAGAAAUAAAUAGCUCAGUAUCUUCUGAGAGGUCAAUGAAGAAAGAAAGUUGGAUUAAUUCUAUGUCUGUUCCCACAUUAGGCCUUAAAUAUCUUGACAGCCAUGGAGCUGGGAAGCACCGGAAUUUGAUCGCUGUGGACAUGGAGAGAAACAUCCAAAUCCAAUGGAAAAAACACAACCACCCUUUAGUGACUGCUUCUGAGUAUAUGGUAAGAGAUCAUAACUACGUCGCUCGGGAGAUUGACCUGGUGGCAGGGGACAAAGACACAGUGGUUGUCAUCGGUCUGGGCCAGCACUUCCGCCCCUUCCCCAUCGAGCUCUUCAUCCGAAGGGCAAUCAAUGCCCGGGGAGCCAUCCAGCGCCUUCUCCUGAGGAGCCCAGAUACAAAAGUCAUCAUCAAAGGGGAGAACACCCGGGAGGUGUCGAUAGAACAAGAAAUAUUUGCAGACUUCCAUGGCUAUGCCCAGCACCUUGCACUAAAGGACAUUUUUCGGGAUCUGAAGGUGGGCUUUGUUGAUGCCUGGGAUAUGACAGUUGCUUACGGCAUGAACAUACUUCACCCACCAGAUCACGUGGUUGGAAAUCAGAUUGAUAUGUUUUUAACUUACAUAUGUUAA